CUUGCUGGUCCCUCAAGCGCCGGGUAUCAAGAUGGACAGGCUAAGAUCGUGAGGUUUAACAGUCCGCUGGACAUCGCGUUCUCGAAAGACGGCUCAUGGCUUGCAGUGGCAGAUACCAACAAUCAUGCAAUCAGGCGCAUCGAUGCGAUGACAGGUGUGGUCACAACGAUAGCUGGCUGCCCUCGCAGCAGCAGCUGCCUAGGAAGUCAGGAUGGACCUGCAAGUGCUGCUUCCUUCAACAGCCCGACGUCCAUCGCUCUGGAUCCCCAGGACAAGUUCAUCUUCGUGGCUGAUACGAGCAACAACAUGAUACGGCAAAUCGACCUAACAGCAAUGACCGUCACAACCAUCGCAGGUGCCACAAGAUCAGGGUAUGCGGAUGGCUUGCUUGCUGCCUCGCUGUUCUACAACCCGACCGGCAUCACUGCACAUCCCGAUUUUACCAACGAAAACAAGCUCGUCAUGGUGGCAGAUACGCAGAACCACGCGAUUAGAAGAAUCGACCUGUUCCAAGGGAGAGUCUCGACGGUAGCAGGUUCAGGU